AUGUCACUUCACUCUUUUCUCGGAUUGUCAUUAUUGACAUUGGCAUCAGUCGCACUGGCGCAAGAUUGUCCAAUUCAAUUUGAAGGGCGUGUACCUGUAGGCACCGUACCAAGUACAUUUGAUAACUCCAGUACAAGUCUCUACAACCCUACCUAUAAUUUUGGAGCGAAUCUCACAUGGAGUCAAAUAAUCAAAAUCCCAACUGAUAUUCCCGCUUCGUUGUAUGACGGGAACUCAUCAGAACCUUUCACGGUUACCCUGUCUGAUGCAUCCAUUUAUGCUCCGUCCUCGACAAAUGUUCAAGUCGGGUUUCGUCGUGCCGAACUCAUGCCAUUAUCAAACAAUGGCUCCGAUACCUCUACAACUGGUAUCAAAACUCUUCAUUUCUCCAUCAUGAAAGAUACCUCUCGUCCAUUGAAUCUCAGCCAUGAAUAUCAAAUCGCCUUUCUUGAAAGUGCAGAUUACAACACCAACCAAGUUGUGUUGAAAACAGGUACUAUACUUGACACAAACAAUUCAGAUUCAAAUGUCUUGAGAGUCGUCGGGAAUGUAAAUGAAGGAGCCACUGAACUCUUUACCACGGUGUUUACUGACGGAUGGCAUAACUUUGGAUUGAAGUUGGAUUUUACCGCCAACACAACACAAGUAUUCUAUUCCGCCUCCUCCUCAGCUCUUGAAUCGGUAACUGAAGUCUUGACCAAUGAUAUCUCCGGACAAGGUCAAUAUCACUUUGGUUUGUUAAAGAAACCAACAGAUUUCGCUGCUGGUGCCGAUAUCUCGAAGAAUGGAUUCCAAGAGAGUGGUAUUGAUGAGGGAUUGAUCUUUGGAGGUAUUUUCAUGGAGGAUAGUGAGGAUUGUGAUGUUGAUGUGUAUUAA